CCAUUUACACCUACUGUCCUUUUAAAAGGACUUUAAAAAGAAACCUGCGAAUAUCCAGUUCACUUAUUAGUUUGAAGAUGGCGCCAGUCUAACACUUUAAAUUCAACAUUUCUGAAACAGAAUUAAUUUGGUUCGAUCGUAUUCCUUUUGAUUUUACAUUGAUAGUGACGGUAAUAAAGUCUAUUGAAUAUUACAAUUUUACAAUGAGUGACAAAAGGUAUUGGAAAAAGCCACUGACUUUGGCAGAACUGUUAGAGGAGUUGGAAAGUGAUUCUAUACCGCAGGUUCCUAAAGGCAUUGUGAUUUUUCCACCGGAAAAUGCCAACGAUACCUGCGACACAGACGAAGAUUCUGGGGACGAGAAUGAUGUAGUACCGAAUAAUUUACCUGGGGUGCAGUUGAGAGCUCAGGCCGAAAUUGAUUUUGAGGUGGAAAGUGACAACGAUUGGGACAGCGAUGAUGGCUUACCAUUGUCAAAUUUUAUAGAGAGGCGACCUAAAAAUAGCAAGACGUUUGCUUAUACCCUAAAUAAAGAUUUAGAGAAUUCGUUUUUGGAAUGGCAACCAAUUCAAAAUGUAAAAAAUAAUCGUUCACCUGGAACUACAUUUAAGAUCUUUUUUGAUAAAGACUUAGUAGAAGAAAUUGUUAAUUUUAGCAAUGUAUAUUCACAGCAAAAAAACCGCACCGGUGACAUUACGGUAGACGAGAUGUACUGCUUCUUAGGGGUGUUACUUGUCAGUGGUUAUGCAAGCGUUUCAAGACGGCAUAUGUAUUGGCAGAACUGCGAUGAUACUCAGAAUAAGCUUAUAUCAGCCGCUAUAUCCAGAGACGGGUUUCAAUUCAUAAUGAGUAAUCUUCAUUGUAAUAAUAAUACGACUCUUGACAAAAAUGACAAAUACUGUAAACUUCGCCCAUUAUUUAACAAUCUAAAUUAA